AUGUCGCUGAUUCCCAUUGCGAUUGCGGUGCUGGUCGCCUACGGCAUCAUCAAUUGGGCCGUGAACCUGCGAUAUCACGUCAAUGAGGCCAAGAGAAGUGGUCUGCCUUAUGUUGUCACUCCGUGCUCCCCGUUUUGGCUGCCUUGGCAGGUCUCACAUAAGCUAUGGGUGCCCAUCAUCAAGCUACUCCCCAAGUCGUGGUGGGAUGGCUGGCUCGAGAUCAUGAUCCCCAACUUUGCGUACCGGACUCGCCACGAGUGGUUCGACAAGCUCGGCGAGUCUUUCAUCCUGGCUUCUCCCGGCAGGUUGGUGAUGAUGACGGACAAUGCGGAAACCAUCCGUACCAUUACGCUCAAGCGGGAGCAGUUCCCCAAGUGGACCGCCGUCUACAGUAUUCUGAGGCAGUUUGGCGAGAAUGUGCUGACUACCGAGGGGAGCAUCUGGCGCAUGCAUCGCAAGGUCACGUCUGCCUCCUUUAACGAGAGGAACGCUGCCUUGGUGUUCCGCGAAGCCAUUGCUCAGACGCAGGGCAUGUUGCGGAUGUGGACGGGCCCUACGGGUACCCGAACGGAGCCGCUAAAAUCGCUUCAGCGUGACACCAUGAAGCUGGCUCUGAACAUCAUCAGCUAUGUUGGAUUCGGCAUGCGUCUGCUGUGGCCCGGCGAGGCGCAUCCUGCAGGGACGGAUCCCAAGAUUGUCAAGUACGGCUCUCACGAGCCUUCAGACGGGCACAAACUGAGUUUCACGGACACUAUGGAGAUUCUUCUGGAAUACCUCUUGCUUCUUCUCAUUGUUCCGCGAUGGAUUCUGAAACUGAUUCCCUCCGAGAAGGUCAAGAAAGCAGUGCUAUCUUAUGAUGAGUACGUUGGUUACAUGAAUGAGCUCCUGGAUGAAAAGAUUGAAGACGCUCGCAAGGGAGAGCACGCGGAAGGCAUGGAUCUCAUGGGCCAGCUUGCGAAAUCGUGCUUUGGAACCGACAACAAGGACGCCACCUUGACGCGCGAGGAAAUCAUCGGCAAUGCCUUUAUCAUGUUCGUGGCCGGCCACGAGACGACGGCCAACGCCAUCCACUUCACCAUCAUCUUUCUCGCAACCCACCCCGAGGUGCAGCGCAAGUUGCAAAAGGACAUUGACGACAUCCUCGGAAACAAGGACCCCAAGGACUGGGACUACGACGGCUUGAUCAACCCGAUGACGGCCAGCAUGAUUGGCGCCGCCAUGUACGAGACGUUGCGGUUGGUCCCCGCCGUGGCCGAGAUUCCCAAGAAGAUCUCGCCCGACGCCGACGAAAGCUUCGUUAUGGACGGCACUCGGUACGUGAUCCCCAAGGACACGGGCAUCGCGUUGGUGACGGUGUCUACCCACGUGAACCCGCGCUACUGGCCAACGCGUCCCAGCAAGAUUACGCCUGGCAAAUCCAACAUUCUCGAUUACGACCCUUCGCGCUGGUUCCAGACCAAGGAGAAGCAGGACGGCCAGGGCAGCGAAGUCGUCGCGGGCGCCGAUUCCGAAGACUUUGGCGGUUUCCAAGGCUCGGACAUCAACGCACAGCUCUUCAAGCCCGAGCGCGGCUCCUACAUUCCCUUUAGCGACGGAGCGCGGUCAUGCCUGGGACGACGCAUCGCCGUCGUGGAGAUUAUUGCGGCGCUGGCGGUCAUUUUCCGAAGCUGCAGCAUCGAGCUCGCCGUGGACGAGUGGGCGACGCAGGAACAGGUGGACGAGAUGAGCCGGGACGAGAGGGCUCGGGUCUACAAGAAGGCUCAGGACAAGAGCCUGUGGACGGUGGGACAGGCAUCGUCGAGGCUGACGCUGAACCUGCACGACGGUAUGCAUGUACCUGUGCGGAUUGCGAAGAGGGGAGAGGAGAAGUUUGUGGACUGGGUGGAUAAGGAGUGA